AUGUUCGUUUGUGCGUCUAUUCUUCUUCCUCUCCUCUCUCUGUCAGGAGCGACAGAGAGUGGUAUUGUAGGGGGUGAGGAAGCAAAGCCUCAUUCCAGACCAUACAUGGUGUCUGUACAGUCAGGGGGACAACACAGAUGUGGUGGGAUGCUGAUCAGAGAGGAUUUUGUGAUGACUGCAGCCCAUUGUUUGGGGCGUGGACAGUCUACUGGUUUUGACCAGAAACGUCUGGAGGUUUUACUGGGAGCACACAAUAUCAGCAAAUCUGAAAAAAGCCAGCAGCGAAUUCAGGUGAAGAAGCACUAUAUACAUCCUCAAUUUAGGAAGAAAGAUCCCCAAGAUCCAAACUAUGACGUCAUGCUUCUGAAGCUGAAGACAAAAGCAAAACUGAAUAAAUUUGUGAAAGUCCUGGCCCUUCCUAAGAAAAAUGGGAAAAUUCCUGCCAAUGUGAAAUGCUCCAUAGCCGGGUGGGGCAUGAGAAGGCCACAGGGAACAGCAUCAGACGUCCUGUAUGAGGUCACCCUCAAAAUGCAGUUUGACUUUGAAUGCAGAAAUAAAUGGCAAAAGUACUUUGAUGACAUUCACAUGAUCUGCAGUGUCUCCAAUGGGAAAAGGGCUUUCUGUCAGGGUGACUCUGGAAGUCCUCUGAUCUGUAAUAAGGGUCCAGUGGGCAUAGCGGCUUAUACUCCUAAAAAGUGCGAUGACCCCAAGUUCCCAGAGGUUUAUAUGAAGAUUUCUGCUUUCCUGCCCUGGAUCAAAAAAACAAUAGGCAAGAAGAUCUGA